CGCCGCCUGUGACAGCGGCAAUCCCCUGCGCCCCACAUCACAUUUGUCUGCCACAGCAGCUACAACAGAGGAGCGAGCGAGCGAGCGAGCAGGAGAGCGGAGGGAGGGAGUGAGGCGGGAGGAGGGGAGCUGAGCUCGGCGCGCGCCGGGCUCCGCGUCGCAGGCUGCGUCUGGCUGGCGUCCGCCACCCCGGGCUCGUCGCCCCGCUGCUCGCUGUGCGACGCGGCCGCGGGUGCUCGGCAAAGAGCAGGCGGCCUCCAGGGGAGCGCGCGUGGGCGAGUGGCCGCGGACACUCUGGCCUCGCGAGUGGAGCCACGCCGCGCCCUGGUCCUCUGGCCCCGCGGGCCGCCCCCGACCGCUGGAAGUUUUAUUUGCAGCUGGGAGCCCGCGGCGGAUGGUGGGACUCUCCGGCCCUGUGCAGUAAAGGAUUGAUCUGUGGGCUGGUGAGCUUAUCUGUGUCCCAGUCAGAACAGCAGAGGAAAUUAGCAGAGCGCUUGGUGGAGAAUGAUAUCUGUGAAAAGAAACACUUGGAGAGCGCUGAGUGUAGUGAUAGGUGACUGCCGGAAAAAGGGGAGCUUUGAAGGUUGCCAAGAUCGGACUGAGAAGCACUCCACAAUGCCAGACUCACCUGUGGAUGUGAAGACACAAUCUCGGCUGACCCCUCCAGCGAUGCCGCCGCCCCCAACGACUCAAGGAGCACCAAGAACCAGCUCAUUUACCCCGACCACGUUAACGAAUGGCACGAGCCAUUCACCUACGGCCUUGAAUGGCGCCCCCUCGCCGCCCAAUGGCUUUAGCAACGGGCCUUCCUCUUCCUCUUCCUCUUCUCUGGCUAAUCAACAGCUGCCCCCAGCCUGUGGUGCUAGGCAACUCAGCAAGCUGAAACGAUUUCUCACUACCCUGCAGCAGUUUGGCAAUGACAUUUCACCUGAGAUUGGAGAAAGAGUUCGCACCCUUGUACUUGGACUGGUGAACUCUACGUUGACAAUUGAAGAAUUUCAUUCCAAACUGCAAGAAGCCACUAACUUCCCACUGAGACCUUUUGUCAUCCCAUUUUUGAAGGCCAACCUGCCCCUGCUCCAGCGUGAACUCCUCCACUGCGCAAGGCUAGCCAAACAGAACCCUGCCCAGUACCUCGCUCAGCAUGAACAGCUGCUUCUGGAUGCCAGCACCACCUCCCCAGUUGACUCCUCAGAGCUGCUUCUCGAUGUGAAUGAAAACGGGAAGAGGCGAACUCCAGACAGAACCAAAGAAAAUGGCUUUGACAGAGAGCCUUUGCACUCAGAACAUCCAAGCAAGCGAGCAUGCACUAUUAGCCCAGGCCAGCGGUACAGUCCAAAUAAUGGCUUAUCCUACCAGCCAAAUGGCCUGCCUCACCCUACCCCACCUCCACCUCAGCACUACCGUUUGGAUGAUAUGGCCAUUGCCCACCACUACAGGGACUCCUAUCGACACCCCAGCCACAGGGACCUCAGGGACAGAACUAGACCUAUGGGGUUACAUGGCACACGUCAAGAAGAAAUGAUUGACCACAGACUAACAGAUAGAGAAUGGGCAGAAGAAUGGAAACAUCUUGAUCAUCUGUUAAACUGCAUAAUGGACAUGGUAGAAAAGACGAGACGAUCCCUCACCGUCCUGCGACGGUGUCAGGAGGCAGACCGGGAGGAGCUGAAUUACUGGAUCCGGCGCUACAGCGAUGCUGAGGACUUGAAGAAGGGCAGCAGCAGCAGCAGCCACUCCAGGCAGCAGAGCCCCGUCAACCCAGACCCUGUUGCGUUAGAUGCACAUCGGGAAUUCCUUCACAGGCCUGCGUCUGGAUAUGUGCCAGAGGAGAUCUGGAAGAAAGCUGAGGAGGCAGUGAACGAGGUGAAGCGACAGGCAAUGACGGAGCUGCAGAAGGCUGUGUCUGAGGCAGAGAGAAAAGCCCACGACAUGAUUACCACAGAGCGGGCCAAGAUGGAACGUACGGUGGCUGAGGCCAAGCGGCAGGCAGCGGAGGACGCUCUGGCGGUCAUCAACCAGCAGGAAGACUCCAGCGAGAGUUGCUGGAACUGUGGCCGGAAAGCAAGCGAGACCUGCAGUGGCUGUAACACCGCCCGGUACUGUGGCUCCUUUUGCCAGCAUAAAGACUGGGAGAAGCACCACCACAUCUGUGGACAGACCCUGCAGGCCCCACAGCAGGGAGACACACCUGCAGUCAGCUCCUCAGUCACACCCAGCAGUGGGGCUGGGAGCCCAAUGGACACACCACCAGCAGCCACGCCCAGGUCGACCACCCCGGGAACACCCUCCACCAUAGAGACGACGCCUCGCUAGACCUAAGCUCGGACUGUCAGAGGAAAGACACCGCAACCAACACGAAAGCAAUUCCUCAUCCUCAGAUGCUCAAAGCCGUUUUUCUGUUUGUUUGUUUAUAGAUGAACUAUCUAUCUUAUUUCAGUACUUUCAACAAGAGAGAACCUAACUGUAUCUUUUGAGGUGGUAGUAAAACACAGAGGGCCAGUAACGGGUCGUAAUGACUUACUGUGGAUAACAAAGAUAUCUUUUUAGAGAACUGAAAAAAGGAAAAAAUAUAACGUGAAAUGCUAGAUUUGACCUCCUCCCUGUUAUUUCCAAGUAGCUGGGAUUUUAAACUAGAUGACCUCAUUAACCAAUGCUUUACCAAGCAGCAAACCAAGAGAUUGUUCAUUGCUGUUGAAAGCAAAAAUGCUAAUAUUAAAAGUCACAGUGUUCUUUAUAUAUAAUAAUGGAAAGAAAAAAAAAAGAGGCGAUCCCUCAAGGGCACGAGCGUUGGAUACAGCACUAGACAUUUUAACAAGAAGAUGAAUGGCGUCUGUGGGUUGCUAACUGAACUUUGAAGACCCGCUACAAAACGCGCAGAUGUGCAGCAGAUUGGAAGGAGACACAGAUGUUCGUUUUUUUUUUUUCCUGUUUCUGAAGCGAAAUAAUAAUAUCCAGGUCAACAGAAUGAAAAAUGAAAGAUGAUUUCCAGUGGGAUGUAUGACCACAGCAGCAAGAAAAAAAAAUGUCAUAAUACAAAGGCUCCUUUACACACACACGCACACACACACACACACACACACACACACUCUUAAGAGACAGCCUGCAGUUAAUUAGCAUUCUGGCAGCUUCCAGCUCAGCCAGCUGCCCUAAAUAACCCUUCAACAUUUCUUCACUUUUGCAAGGUUCCACAGAGUAAGACAUUGGGUCUAUUCCAGCUCAUUCAUUUUAUAUUGAAAACUAGUUUUUUUUAAAAAAAAAAGAUGGUGGCUCCAGCUCCAGCCCCCUUUCCAAAAUUUUUCAACCCCACCCUGUUUGGUUUUUAAUUAAAAUCUAAUAGUUCUCUUGGUGUUAAACACUUCUGUCCUGUGAGGUUCCCAAUGGUGUUCUUCUUGUAAAUGUGUUGGCCAAAUGUGAGGAUGCGUUGUAGUUUAUCCAUAUGCCCACAUUUAGUCUCCUUAUUCCUAGUUGGUGAGAAACCUGUAUCUUUCUAUGCUGCUUUUAUAUCUGUAUGUAUUAGUGAUAUUUCUCUAGUAGUUAAAAAAAAAAAGAAAAGGAAAAAAAAAAACCUUUUUUGGUUGUCCUCAAGAAAAGAAAAGAAAAGAAGAAGCUAUCUUUUGGAGCUGCUAACUCACUCUCUUAUAGGGUUUUUUUCCGGAAACCAGCAUGCUUCAUGGAAUGCUAGCAUAUGGGUGUUGUGUAAGAGGGGUGUACAUAAAUGUAUUCUGCACUGUCACGAUGACUCCCUGGGCAUGCUCUUUUUUUUUUUCAAACAAAAUUUUUAAAUAUGCUAGAGCCAUUUUACCAGUUUUAGCUGUAGCAUAGAGUAGUAGUGGAAUUUUUCUUUCCUUUUUUUCUUUAUUUUUUAUGAAAAAAAUUAUUAGGGACUUUUUUAAAAAAAUAAAAUAACAAGAUAUCCUACUUUUUAAAAAAAAAGGACAGUGCAUGCAUAUUGCUGUAAGGUUGUUUAAGUAUUUCUAAUUUUACAAAAAAAAAAUGAAAUCAUCAGAGCUCCAAAUGCUGAGGUGUAGACGGACAGCUUUAACCCUGCUGGGUGCCAGGUUAUACAGUAUCGGGAAGUCAGCCAAAGACUGAUCUGAUGGACCAAAACCAGGACUUCUGAAAAGCACCAGAAAUACUUUCCAAAUGAUCAGCAGGUUAGCCAUGUUCAGUGUGAAUCCAUUAACCCUUCGUUGUCCAGGGUCCAGACCAGAACUACGUGUUAGUUUUGAAACCCAAUAGCCCAGGAUGUGGUUGUGUGCUUUAAGAGUCGGCAGAGCUGCAGGCUGUGUAGACAACCAAAGUUGACAAGGCUGGGAAGACACCACUCCACAUACACACACACCAAGCAUUUCUUUACAAAUCGAGUACAAUCCAUUCGCUUGUGGGAGGGGGGUUGAUGUAGCCCUUGGAUACAGUUUUCAGUGGCUUUUAAGUUAUCUGCAUAAGAGGUGAUCCUCAUGGGUUUGCUUUAUGUCUCGCCAAUUUAAGAUUUUCUUAUAACAUUUCCCCUGUACUUUCAUAUACCAGUCGGUUUUAAUUCUGUUCAGGUGGUGUUGUGUUCUUUUUUGUUUUGAAUGGCCUUUUAGUUCAGGAAGUUCUGAUGAGCAAAUCAAUGCAUCUAUCUCUCUGCAUGUUGGAAGUCCAUCUGCCAGCACACCUGCCAAAGUGAAGUGAGAAGCACACAGGAGGCUCUGAACGGGUUCUGUCUUACCAUGGUGCUCCCAGAAUCCUUGGACCUCACUCUGCUUUCUAGUCUGCUUGUGACACUGGACAGUCCUUUCUUAGAGCUAUUCUAUGUUCUAGGCUACGAAGGGUUAAAGAAUCCCACAAAUGAGGUAUGUCAUACCCACACGUCUUGAGCUUGAGAAGCUGUGAUGUAUGUGGGACAGCACUGUUAUUCUUAACACUAGUGUGUAAAAUAAGGAUUAGUACAGUACGUCUCAUUCCUUUUUAAUUCAGGGCACCCUGAGUGAAAACAAAACAAAAAAAAAAUCCCUAACUCUGAGCUCUAUCUCUAAUUCCUCUUCCUCCUUCCCCUCCUCCUCUUCCUCUCCUCCUGUUUUGCUACAUUCUCCUCAGUGGCAAAAACUUUCACUCUACCUCUGACAGCAUGAAUAUUGCACCGGUAGCUAACAGAAACUGGUCUAGUCAAACCAAAUGGGCACAAGAGAACCAGGAUACCAAAAGCUAAGCUCAUACAGCUGCAAACCAUAUCACUUCUUGGUAACAAUGCAGACCUCAUAAACCUAAAAAAAAAAAGAGAAAGAAAAGAAGACUUUUGUUCCUUUCCUUUCUUGCUUGUCACUUAUAUUCAGGCUAUGUGAGAGUAUUAAUUUGUAGGUAUUACACAUUACAAAAAGUUACCUUCAUUGGAUAGAAUUGAAUGGUGGUCGCUGAUAGGAAUAGGGCGUCCUCUAUCUCUGAUCUCUCUUUUUUCUCUUUCUCUUUUUCUCUGUCAUGAGACUGUGUGUGACAGGGCCACCUGUCUUUUUAAUUUGUUUCUUAAUUUCUUUUUUUUUUAAUGUGUAGGUGCAUGUCUUGGGGAUUUAAAAAUUUCAAGGCUGGUUUACUUAUGCAAAGCAUGCCUAUGUCUGGAAUACUUAGGGAAAGAAAGCGACUCCAUGUUGUCCGAAUUCCUCAAGGGACAGAAAAAAAAAUUGGAGACUGUUGAAAUGCAGAUUUGAAGUAAUUUUAUUUUAAUUAUUUUGGGUUCUGCGACAUUAUUGUGAAAAAUUAAAGUUGUUGUGCAAUACUUAAUUCAGACAUGUACCACAAGUUAACGGUAGACUAACACUGGGGGCGGGGCUAGGCAUCAUGCUUUUGUCGGCACACUCUUGAGCUUUGACGUCUACUAUGUCUCAACUGUGGUUUCUUGUUUAUCUUUUUUAUUUUUUCCUUAGUUGGACUGUAAUGUAUGGUCUGUCAACCUGUGAAUCUUUAAAGUAUGAUUCAGGUAUUGUUGUAUUCUUUACUGUGUAAUAAAAAUGCUUAAAAAAAAGUCUGUAUUCUGUCUCCCUUAUCUUCACAGUGUGCCAAAGCUAAAGCUCAGGGACCCUAGCCCGGGAAGUCAAUCCUUCAUGGAGCAUGCCUAGAGUCUUUUCAGCUACAGCGUAUGUUUCUAACAUGAGUGGUUCAUCCAUGCAUGAUGAGAGAAUGUUUGUGAGGUCAAAGCAGUCACGUCUAGAAGGAUAUUCAGGUCCUCCAUUGGAAAGGAUAGCUUAGUCUGGGUCGUCUUCUUCAGAAAGGUCCAUUUCCCAUCUUCUGAGUCUCUGGCUCUCAGCAGGUUGCAGCUAUGCACAGAUUCAGGGCGCAUCCACUGAGGCAGACCUAUUCAUCUGUUGCCAGCAUGUUCACACUUGUUUCUGUGCAUUUGUCAUGCAUGGUACGGAGUGUCUAACUUGUUUCUGAAACCCAUGUUAUCCUUUUAACUAUAUAUAUAUUAAUAUACAUAUUAAUAUAUAUAUUCAUUCUCAUGCAUUGGUUAUAAAGUAGCUUAGAAUGUAGAGAACCAAUCAGUCUUCUACACUAGGAACCCAAUGGAUUUUCAUGUAGUUUUCACAACACAUUUUUUUUUUUAAGGACUGUAUAUACUAUAUUCUAGCAGGAUUUCCCAUUUACUUGGAAGAUUCCCACUAUGGGCUAAAAACUAGUUUAAAGGAAUUAAGUGAACUGUAUGUGUAAGGACUGAGUCUGGAUAGCUGUCACAUAGAUGCUUGUGAGUGGGAGGGUGGCUGAGGACCUUCUGUUCAUUUCCUUUGUAUGCCAACUAGGUCCCCAUCUCUGUCCUGAGACCUGGCUUCUCCAGCUGAUCUUGAGAAACAGCUCAUUUGACAGGGCAGUGGGAGAACAUGUAAAACAUGGAUGACUUUCAUACCCCUAUAACAUGAACAGGCUGACUAUUUUGUAGUUAAAUUUUUUUUCUUAGUAUACCAAACCAGCCUGGCUCAAUUGCCUUUCCUUGUUUGUACAAAUAUUUUCUUUUU